AUUUCUCAACAAAAAGUAAAACCAAAUUCAUUGUUUUUGUUUUUUGUUGUUGUUUUCCCCUUGCUUUACGUGUUCUUAUUAUAGACCCACGGCGAGUUCGAGCUUGGCCGAUUGAACACCGGAUCAACCCCCGUGCCAAUAUCACUGCGCAAUCAGCGCCGCGACCCCCCGCCAGCCACAUCCACAGGCAGUGCGCAAGAGCCGCGGCGGCGCAUUCGGCACUCUCGCAGUUUCAGCAGCAUCGAUUACACAGCCCAAGACGAUCCAGAUAUGCACGAGGCACGGGGGCAGCCCGAGCCCAUCAAAGAGACCGGCCGCGCCAGGGCACAGCGGCGCAAGACCGGCGGACUGGCUGAUAUUGGUCAUCAGAGGCGGCCAUCGACGGCGCAUGGGUCACCAGCAUCCAAGAAGGUCAUGUACAGCCAGUACCCGGAUUUCGAAAAUAUCACGGAUCCGUUUGCUAAGCGCGAUAAGAUCCCCAGGAAACACCGCCCGUCGAUCGCUGACGAGAGUGCCGCGCCUUUUGCUGGUGCUGGUGCCGGUGUUGGUGCCGGUGCUGCGGUGGCGCAGACUGAGCAUUUGGGGGGUGACGGCUCAGGGCUGCCAGCUGAGCAGCUGGGCAUUCGUGUUGUGGAGAUGGAGUCGCUGCAGAUGGAGCCGCUGGACUCGCCGAUGCCCGAGUCACCGAUGCCAGAGUCGCCUGUGACGCCAAGUGCGCGGCCGCAGGGUUUGCAGCGGCCAACAAUUCCCUCUGCGCCAUCACUCAGGCCGGAAUCACCUACGCGCGCGCCCCUGGGUACUCACACGAGCAGUCCGCGCAUGUGCAUCGACAUGAACAAAGUGGACACUCUGUAUAUGCGGCAGAGCCUGAUUUUCGAAAACAACAAGCACCGGGCUCCGCUCACUCCCCCGAUUGAGGACGUGGAUGAAGCGCAUAUUCCGUUCGAGCAGGUGCUGAUUCCCACAGCGUUCAAGCGCCUGCGGGCAGCAUUAGAGGAUCCAAACUUUGAGAUCGAUGAGGAGACUUAUCGGAGGUUUAAGCUGUCCGAGCGCUGGUAUGUGCGUGAGGAGCGUAUGCAGAUGGAGAUGGCGUUUAGUCCUGCUACUUUGGGUGGGAGCAAGCCGCACGUGAGAGCGGUGCAGAAGAAGCACAAGUCUGUGAAGGGUAGGACCAAGCCGGUCGAGACACCAGAGGUCGAUGGGCCUGUGGCGGAUAAGCCUGUGAUCGUGGCUGCUGUGCCCGAGAUCAAGGGUGUGUUGAAGUUGGCUGAGGAGGUUGCGGCUGAGGCUGAUGUUCAGGCCGUACCUCAUGUGCAGCACAAGGAGGAGGAUGGUAAUGAGAAUGGCGAUAAUAUUGAAGAGAAGGACGAGAAUGGGGAUGAAGAGGAGGAAGACGACGUUGCUGUGUCGGAGCCGACAAAGCAGGGGGAGGAGGUGCUACAGGAGUGCGCCCACCACGAAGAUGAUCCAGUGCAGCGCUUGUCCGCAUGCGAACCCGAACGGGAAAUCCCCGGUCGGGCCGACUCUCACAUAGACGAAAAAUACAGGUCGGUCCAGUCGAUCCAGUCCGUAUCCUCGCGCGCACGGCUUCGCGACACUGACCAUGGCAUGGGAUAUGUUCCCCCUAGACAACUCCACAGUCAGAUUAUCCCGAUGACCGUGCAAGAUCCCGUCUAUGUGCGCACACCCUCUCACCAACAUCGCCAGCAUCGCCAGCACUCGCAUCAGCACCACCGGAGGAGUGAGAGCACAGAUGUGAAGAAAUCGGCUGUUUGUGGAAUGUGCGUCAUCAUGUAAUUAAACACUUUUGAAUGAGAAAAAGAGGCAAUAAUAAUUUUUUUAAAAGGCAAUGGUAUA